UCGCAGCACGACAAUAACAACAUUCAUAUUAGUGUUAGUUGACUUGAUAAUCGGGCGACAUUUUGCGGGGUCGAGAAUGUAAUGGAACAUAUAAACUUUCUAAGAUGCACUAAUAGCUAAACACUUAUAGUAAUGAGUGUAACAUGAACACUUAAGUGGGGUGUGAAGUGGUUACCUUUUGAAUGACUGGUCGAUGCUCUCGGCGCUUCUGGACAGCUGCUGCGAGGCGCGCCUAGACCUGCAUGCAACAGAGACCACGGACUACAGGCGCGGCAUGCAAAAUAAAAACAUCAACGACCACACUCCAAUAAUUCCAUACGGAACCCGCAACGUUGAUGCGACUCACAGAAUUAUUCGAAUGAGGAUUCAAACCGUUUCCGCACUGGUUAUCUCAGUGGAAUGCCAAUGUCCCGGCAGCUAUCCUGCUGGACUUACGGGUCUCCCCGGCUAUACUCCUCCUCCGAUCAUCAUAACUAAGAGCAGCAACAACGACAAGGACUUAAUGUACCCCAUCCUUCUCUUGCUGCUGCUUGGCAACGGAGGUUUUGGUUGUGGUUGUUAAAUUAUUUUAUUUGCGGUCUGUCUCAAUAUCUACUUACUGAUGAGUUUCUAAUAGCCCAUCCAGACAGAUAGACUACCAGGCAAUUGUUAGCAAGUGGUGAAACAAUGUCCAUAAGUGUACUAAUUCCUAUAUUUUAUCUAUACAACAAUGUACAAUUGCACAGAUAUAUAUAUAAUACCUACUUAUAUAAUAUUCUAGACAGACAUUAAACCUUUUACCAAAUCAAAUUAUGAAUUACCUGUUCGAUUUUUAAUUUAUUAAUAUUUAAACAUAAUACCUAUUGCAUGUUAUCUGUCUCUACCUUAUACAUACACCCUUAUUUAUAGCCCGACCAACCCAAACCUGUCCGCACACACCAUGUAUGAUUGUAUGGGUUUGUAAAGUAUAAAGUUGCAUGGGUAAUGUCACAAGACUGUAAUUGCACUGCAUCUAAUGGCACAUACAACUUCAUAAAUUACAAUCGAGUGCGACGGGCGAGGUGUUUGGUGUGACAAGGUUUUUAUAGUUAAGUAUAUCAAGCAUUUCCACAAAUAUAGU